CGAAGAAGUGAAACUGCAACAAAACACAAGUUGGGCUCUUUAAAGCUGGAUGCGACUUCUUCUUCAAGGGAAAUACACAGAACAUGGAUCCUCCUGGCAGAUUGGAAAUCUACAUCCCAGCAGAGGCUGAGGUGAAAAACAUCUCUCUGUGCAGCUUACCAAACUCAGUGCUGAGAAGAAUGGGCCUCCCCCUGUCUGACUCUAAGGAGGCAGGGUCUCCAGAAGGCAUAUGGAUUUGUCCAGUAACCUUACGGAGGAAAGGGCAGAAACCAGUGGAAAACAUGUCCUCACUGCUGGGCAGAGAGUUUCAGGCUGCACCGGGUCCCCUCCGAAUGUCUUUUGUCUCCUCCAACCGUGCAGCUUAUGAGGUGCUGAAGGGUGUCCCCGGGAAAAAGGUCUCUGCACAGAGAUCUCACAACUCCCCGUCUCCUAUAGCCUUGGCACCAGUGAGGCACAGAAAUGCAGUUGUCAUCUAUCACGGGAACAUUUACCUGUCCAUCAGGAAACCCAAUCGAAGCCAGAGUAAACCAGAGGCCCGUGACCCACAGCCGACUGCCCAGUCCUCUAUUCCUUCAACAUCAUCAUCUAAAAGCCAGAGGAAGGAGCUGCUGAAUAACAACAGGCCCAAGAAGAAACACACCACGUGUAAAGUAACACACAGUGAAAACAAGAAAGAUGUUACACACAAGGUAAGGGACGUAUCCUCAUCCAAGACUGCUCGCUCUGUCCCUCAGUCCACUGGUAGUGUGCACAAAGUGGACAGCCACCGUCACACGGACGCCAGAGGAGAGCAGGCGGCAGAGGAAGCAGCAGCUCUGGAGCCAGCUUGGUUUCAGCCGGAGGGGGAGGAGGAGGAGGUGGUGGCCAACAAGGACAAUAGUGGAUAUGAGAUGCUGAACCUGGACGGUGAAGAAGCUGUGAGCACCAGUCAGAACAGUGACAUGGACACUAAUAUGCACAUCGAGGGUGAUGAAGGGAACCAAAGCGGCACCAGGAGAGAGCCUCUGGGUGCAGCUCAUGCCUCCACAUCACUCCUGAAGGAGUUUGACUUUGAGCAGCUGGCUAAAGAAGAGAUGAUCGCUCGAAUGAAGGCCAGACUCAGACAGAACGAAGCUGCUCUCAACAACUUCCCUUCUUUAUAAUGACACAUCAGUCAGACUUAACAGCAGUGAUGACGCUUUAGUUCUGGAAAAACUAAACUCUACACAGCAGCUAAGAGGCUAACUUUGGAAGAUUUGAUUAUGUCAGAUUGCUGUAAUGACCAGCAUGAACAAGAGCUAUGAUGAUGACACCUUUAUCUAAGCAAUUUAGAUUUAGUGUGCAUAGCCUAAACACAAACUUUAUUAUUGAUUAUGUAAAAUACAUGUCACAAACGCAGCAGGAGAUAAAUUCUGUUGUUCAACAGAACUGCAUGAAACAUUUAAACAAAAAUAACAAAGCGCUAUUUCCCUUAGUUUAAGUUGUGUAACAUAUUCCUUUAAUGUUUCAACAGGGAGUCAGAACUUAUCUAAUGAUGAGGUGACUGCCUUUUGCCUUAAAGGUUAUAUUGAUUGAAAAUAUUUAAGAAGUAGUACUUUGAAUGUGUCAGUGUCACAAAAGUGCAGUGAAAGCAUCCCUCCAUCCAGAGUACGCCAACUUACCUCCAUUUCAGUCACUUGAUGUGAUGAAAGGACGCCGACAAACCAAACUGUCCUCACCUAACUGACUUAUACCACCAAAAUAAGAGUGUAGUUGUAUAACUGACGGUCCUCUUCCUUUCUUUUUCAAAGACCGUGCUAUGCAAUUAAAAGCUCUAAAAACUAUGACGUGAACAUACUGAUCCUGAGGUCAAGGCUGAAUGAUUCGUGAAUUUUCAAUAGGCUACAAGAGAAGUUUACAAGACAAGUUAUUUCCUGAAAAGCUAAUGUGCAUCAAAUGUUUUUGAUAUUUGGCUCAACAAAGACUGGUUAUUAAUGUCAUGUCAUGUGCAAUCAUGUGUCAUGAAAUACUAAUGCAAGAUGUAGAUUUUAUUAGGACACUUAUGUGAAUAAAUUGCUUUGUUGAAAUAAGUCUUGUGAGCUGUAGACAGUAGAAAUGACUGUACAGUUGUUUGAGUGAAGUUACAUCAUUACUUUUAUGUUUUUAGCAAUGCAGUGUAUGAAUAGUAAUAUUUUUGGGUCAGUAAGUCUUUGUAUCACUCUUUUAGUCCAACACAUUCCUACAAGGCAAGAUUAUCUUAACAACUACUGGCUACAAGUCCAUUGCAUAUGCAGUGGAUAUCCAUUUUCUCCAGACCUUUACUCUCCAAAUAAAAAGUCCAACUCCUCAAAAGUUGGCAAGGUGUUCCUUUGUUAAA